CGACAACCCAGUCACCCCAGCCACGAUAUGUCCCUCUAACGCACGACCUCCAUCUACCCUUCCGGUUCUCUUCUUUCUUUCCAUUCCAUUGCUUUUUACAUUCAGGACCACUGCAUCUCGUCUGCGAUGAACCCAGAGGCGCCCGUCUUCCGUCCGUCGACCUCAAAGCCGCGCGGUGUGUGCAAGUACUAUAACGCACCCCGCGGGUGCUUUGCAGGAGAUAAGUGCAAGUUCUUGCACGGCGAGACGGAGACGAUAACGCCCUACGAUCGGAGCAAGACGUGUUCUUACUAUGCCGCUGGGUACUGCCGCCGAGGCGACCAGUGCUGGUUCAGGCAUGUUCUGCCUGACAAGGUCAAAGCUCCCGAGCAGGCUGAAGGCUCCACUACGGCUGAUUCACAAGAUGCGGUAGAGUUCGAGGACGUCUGCUCGAUCUGCUACGAGAAGCCUAUCACGUACGGCCUGCUCGUGGGCUGCAGCCAUGUCUUCUGCGUCAAGUGUAUUCGCGAAUGGCGAGAUGCCCGCGAAAAGUCAAACGAGACUGUCACCUCUGGCGCGAUCAAGAAAUGCCCAUACUGUCGAGUUGAAUCUCGUUUCAUCACACCGUCGAGCGUGUACUAUCCGGAAGGACAUCCAGGUAAAGAGCACGCGAUCCAGAAGUAUAAGGAGAGCAUGGCGAGGGUCCCUUGCCGCUAUUUCCAGAAGUCGCCGGCCAGCGAUAGGUUUUGUCCAUUCGGACGGGACUGCUUCUAUCAGCACCAGAACGAUGACGGGUCUCCGUAUGUCUUUGACAAAGGCGUCGCGCACUACCUUCCUAUUUACAAGCGGCGUAUGCGGCGAGAGGCGAGUUCCUCGACAUGGAGAUCUGCUGAUACUUGGGAGGAGAUAAGCGCGACCAUCCAAGCCAUUAGUGACAGCAUACCGCAGUUAAUCUGGCAGAAUGCUGGCAGCGACGACGAUAGUGACCACGAGGACGAAGAUGAGGAGCGCGAUGUGGCCAGAGUAAAUGUGGAGACGCUCGAAAGACUUGCCAGUCGUGUUCUCGCUAGUCUGACGGCUAUGGAGAGUAUCGCGCAAGCUGCUAGAGUCCGACUCGACGACGAUGACGAGCAGGCGCACCCUACUGAGACAUCUCUCGCGCAGUUCAUAAGAGAAGCGGCAGGCGAGUCGGAACCAAGCUCGGCAUCCAGGCCGAUGUCCGAUUCGACGAGCUUGGCAGCAUCGUCGGCCCUGGACACUCGUGAAGAUACGUCGGGAUUUCCGAGCUUCAGCUCGAAUGACAUCGAUCUAGAGGAAGAUGAGAGCUACUAUACGUCGGACGGAAGCGAGGGGCGGGAGGGCUCUGAGGACGCUCAAGAGGAUUAUCAGCACCUUGAGCUCGACGAUGCAUUCAGCGUGACUGACAAUCUGGCGAACGCGCUCAGGGAGUCACUACAGGCGGAGGACUUGAACGAGUUUGUGCGUCAAGUCGCGUCUUUAGGGUCGCCCGAGCGUUCGCCAGCAUUGUCGUCUAUCUCGGAACCUCGAGAAGACCCCACGGCGCCGACAGCAAGCAGUACAGACGCGGAGCACGUCCCUGCAGAGCAAGCUGUUGUCGGUGACCCAGCUGGGACAGAUAGCAGUGCGAGCAUUCAAUCUUUCCAAGCUGAAGCAGGGUUAGGCCCCCCAUCUCGUCCCGAGAUUCAGUUCAAUGCGAAGCCUACCUUCGUGAGUGAUGGGAGGGGCAGAGUUGUCUGGAGUAACUCCACGCGUGGGAGGUCUGGUAGAGACAGAGGGUGCUAGAGUGAUGUCGGAGAAGUGUGUACCAUGUAGAGAGCCAAACCCGAAGCGUGACUGACUGUACAAUAUAAUAUGAGCUGGGUCG